CUAUUUUUCCUUCUUUCUCUUGAAGUCUAGAACCAAAUCGAAAGUUGUCGUCUUUGUGCUUGGGCGCCUGAAAUGUCUUUCGGGCAAAGAAGGUCUGCAAAUCCUGCAGCCAUGCUGGCUUCUCUCAUGUACAAGAGAGAAAAGCUCCAAGAAGAGCUCCGCAGCAUCGAAAACCAGGUGUAUGAAUUAGAGACCAAAUGUUUGGCAUUGAAAGGACUAGAAGGGUUUCUUUCUUCCUCCAAGAACGCAACCAACACAGUUGUGCCUCAUAUUCUGGGAUCUCACCAGACACCGAAAUUUCAGCCAGAAGACAGAAUUUUCUCAUUGUCAUCAGUUACCUCAUCAGUGAAAGCACUAAUGCAACAUGGUCUUGACGAGACUAUGUCUCAAAAGGGUCUUCAACAAGAUUAUGGAAGAUCGGAUAUUAGCCCAGGUCGUCCUAAGGUUGGAGCCAUGCCUGUCAAUGGCCGCUAAGUUCCCAUCUUAAUUAUUCAAGUUCUAAAAGCAGCUAACUUUGAAGAGAAAUGAGGAUACAAGAUUAAGUUUCCGAUUUAGGAACCAUUCCACAAUCAUGUAAAAAUUUUACAAAUGUAUCAGUUCAUAAUGGAAGAACUUUUUCUUUAGAGGUAAGCCAAAAGAAGGGAAGAACCCUGACGACACCAAGAGAAGGAAGGAGAAUCAGACAAUCGGGUGAACCUAAUUUUGAUGAUGAAGAUGAUCCUGAUAUGAGCUUCAUAUGAAAGACUUCCUGAUGUUACCUUAAAUUAGCUUUGAGGGGUUCAAGAGAUUGAUCAGAGAAAUUCUGCUUAGUGUUCAGUCCAUGUAGCGUAGCAUUUAGAUCAUGCUGAU